CGCCAAUUGGAUUGAACUUGUGAAAUGCGGUGUUCGCUGGAAAAGGAUUCUGUGGCAGCUCUUCAUAAGAAAGUCAAUCUGAUUCUGAGGGAGCGGCCUCCAGGGAUCAAGCUAUAAGAUGGCGUCUGCGCAGUCGCGCUUGGAGGCCUCCCCGCGAUACUCCGCUCCCGCUCAAUCGAGCACUCUGGACGGCCAGCAAUUCUGGGAGGUCAAGCAGUGGCUGGAGGAGACGUUCAGUGCAGCGGGGAGGGAGACGCCGCAGUUUGAAGUCACUGCUAGGACAGUGGCAGAACUUCAUAGGCUCUCUCAACUGUCAAAAAGACGAACUAGAGCGGUGGAGAUUGUGGUGGCCGACCUGCAGGACAUGUCCCUGGACUUUCGGAAUGAAUCUUCCCGAGAAGUCGAGCUUCUCGACAUGGCAGGCAUCGCCCCCGAGAGCUUCUCCCAAGCGGGGAUGACGUCACUCCGGGCCCUCGCCGGCACCGCGAACCACCUUGACCUGCGGGACGCGGAAACAAGCAGUUACCUCCUAGCAAUGGCGGACCUCGCGUUGGAAACCGCACGCCUGGACGAGCGCCAGCGCGCAACUAGGCGCGAGGCGGAGGAGCUGCGCGAGCGGACGCGCAAGGGCAUCGCGCGGCUGGCGCAACUGAAGCGGGCGCUGGCGGAACUAGAGCGGGGGGAGGAAAGCCACCGGGCGCCGAUGAAGACGUGGAACGAGUACAUGCAGGUUAUGAUCUCGAAAGACCGGCAGUACACUCAACAGCUGGUCAACUACAAGGCCGUGUUGACGCGAGCUGGGUACACGCCUGAAAUCAACCACGGCACGUUGUUACAAGCCGCCCAAAAGAACCAGGAGCUAGUUAAGCAAACCCAGCCGUUGUUAGAGACGUUACGAAGUUAUCAGGACUUGCCGCCGGACAAGGCGCUUGCGGAGCUGGCAGUUGAGGAGAAAAAACGGCAGUUAGAAGCGACAGAGAGAAGACUUGAGGAUGCAAUACAUGGGAUGGCUGUUAGGUGAACGUGUGCGCGUGAAAGCACACAAUUUGUGCUCGUUUAUUGCCUGGUAACGUAUACUCGAGGGGCCCUAUCCGCGGCUUCCAAGAUUGUGGCAGAUCAAUAGCUUUGGCAGCCUCCGGUCAAGCUUUGGAUUGGUCUUUUGAAGCGCGCGAUGAAGCUCAA